UGCAGAAGGCGGACCUAAUUAAUCAGCCGCUGUCGCGCCGUCACGACUGACAAGUGACAUUAGUGACAGGUCGAAAGGAAACGGGUCGUAUGGAAUUGGAGCGAUUCGUCACGCUCGGUUUCGUCUCGCGGUAGAAGAUCUUCACGGGCGUUUACGUCGACGACGACCCCGUUGAAUGAGAGACGCGCGCGUGCACCGCGAUGAUCCGCUAGCAGCAGUAAUCGCAGCCGGCGACGGCGCCGCGCCACGACAUGGCGACCGUCAAGGUAACGGAGCAGAAGGUUAUACUGUGCGGUGAGUACGGCGUUGGCAAGACGUCGCUAUUCCGGCGCUUCGCCAACAACACGUUCGUCGCCAGCAACGACCGCAAGUCGACCCUAGGCCUCGACAACAUCGACAAGGAAUACGUUGUUGAGGACAGACGAAUACGGCUGCAACUAUGGGACACCGGCGGUAUGGAAAGAGUGGCGUCUGUCACCUCAAGUUACUACAAGUUCGCCGAGGCUGCAAUUCUAGUGUUUGCCCUGGAUAACUCGACAUCCUUUCAUCUAUUGUCUCAGCAUUUGCUCGACAUAGUUACGUACGCGGAGAACGCGAAGAUAUUCCUCUGUGGGAACAAAAGUGACUUGGAGAGCGUCGCACCGCAAGUCACAGACACCGAGAUGGAACAAUUCUGUGAACAAUGUCACAAUCUGAUCUCGGGAAUAUACAAAACGUCGUGCAAAACCGGCGAAGGCGUACACGAGAUGUUUGAGGAUAUCGCGCAACAUCUGGUCGAGGCUAAUCGUUCACGAAUGGAGCUUCACGAGAUGGACAAGGAUCGAUUUAAGAUUUCGUAUGUGGACGAAGCGACCGAUCCAUCGUGCUUGUGUUAAUCUACGAUUAAUAUUCGCGAUCACAAUGUACAUACAGUCUUUGAGAAUCUCUAAGGCUUAACACGGAUCGUGAGAGAAGUAUAAGAAGAAACCUUUUUUUAUAUUGAGCACUUAUCACUCGUAACUUUCCUAUGAGGGAAGGUUGCAUUUCGCGCAGAGAAAGAAGGGGAGAAAUCAUGAGCGUGAUAUAACUAACAUAUACAAAAGUUGUGUGCCACGAUCAAAUCAGGUCUAGGAUUAUGCGACAACAAAAACUUUCUCAAUUAUAAAUUUAUUGUACGUUGCGAAAUUAUACCUUAAUCGAUUAAGCUUGUCCUAUUAAUGUGAUCUGCGAUCGAUAUCAUAUUAUACACUUGAUCAAUAUACAUACUAUAUGUAUAUACUUAAGUUCGUAAAAGUUGUAACGCGAUAAUGAGGCACUAGUGCUGAGUCCAUUUGAUAGUGCUCAAGUCGAUACCAGCUUGCACCAUCUCCCACAAUGGGCUGCAAAUGAGCAAGAAUGUUAGAAUUUUGCUACACGUUUUCGCAUUGUGUCGUCAUAAUGAUUAAUAGAUGUAGAGGAAUAGAGAUAAUCGCGAUCUCACGAAACAAAUGACCAACGAUAAAGUCAUUCCCUCCGUGAAACGAGACACACUACAACCGUUUCAAAUCUUAAAAGCCAAAGCAUAACGCAUACGUAAGUUUGAAGUAGAUCCAUUGCCACGUCUUAUCACACUCGCAAUAAAAGUUUAUAUGAUAA